GAAGAGCAAAUAAAAAGGGUGUGAGGAGACAAAAAGAUAUAAAUUGUAAAGAGGAAACCAAAAACCAAGAAGACAAAGCAAGUAAAGAAGAAACGAGGCACCAAGAAGACGAAAUAACGAGAGAGGAGGAAACGAGAAAACAAAAAAGCGAAACAAGAAGAGGGGAAGGGGCGGUGAACCCAGGGAAGGGGAGGCAAGAAGACAAUACAAAUAAGGAAGAACAAAAGAGAAACCAGGAAGACAAAGCAAGUGGAGAAGAAACGGGGAACCCAGAAGGCAUAUACAGAGAGGAAGAAAUGAGAGAAAAAGGAGACGAAAUCAAUAAACAGGAGCAACUGAGGAACCGAGAAGACAAGGCAAACAAACAAACAGGGUACCAAGAAAACAAGACGAAGGAAGAGGAUGAUGCGAAGAACCGGGAAGAAAAGACAACGAAAGGUGAGGAGCCGAGGAGCAAAGGAGGCAAAAGAAAAGUGGAAGAAGGAACGAGGGAACUAGAGGCCAAAACAAAUAAACAAACAGGCAACCAAGAAAGAAAAUCAGACGAAGAGAAUGGAGCGUUUGAUAAAACAGGGAACCAAGAAGGAAUAUCCAAGAACAAACGAGCGAGCAACCCAAACAACAGGGUAAAGAAGGAGGAGGAGACGGAGACCCCCACACUGACCCCUCAACCCGCAGCAGGGCCGGGCUGGGACGGCGAGGGAGAGCGGGGCAAACAUGGGCGGCUGCAGGGCGGCGCCGGAGCACAGAACAACUUGCAGACCAGUACCUCUACAUCUACCACUUUACGAGUUCACGAAGGCAGCAGCGCGGUAUCCGUCAAGCCUAAAACCCAAAGCCCUCAGAAGCAGAAACACGCGGCGGGAGACGACCCCGGUUCGCCGCUCGGCUCGACUUACAAGGGCAGCGAGCCCGCGACGAGAUCGCCGCGCAGGAGAGGGGACUCGGAGGACGCCAAAGGAAGGCGAAGCUCAAGAGAAACCGACGCGGAUGAUCCUGAAUUCAGACCACAGGACUUGGUGGAGUUUCUGGGGCGGCAAAGCGGCUUUCAAGCUCCCGUGGACAAGAUGAGAGAUAUUUUCUCUUGGCAAGUGAAUCGGGCAUUAGCAAACCUCCCUCAUAUCUUUUGUAUAAAGAAUGACAGGAUGAAGUUGCGGCCAAAGGUCAGAGUCUGCUCUGCUUAUGCAUCGCAAAGUGGGUGCAUUGACCGGUCAUUAUGCUUUAAGAUUCAUAUCUGCUCCGACUUUAUUUUUGGCGACUGUGAGUUGGAAAAUUGCAACAUGGGUCAUAGUUUGCGCACGAAACAUAAUAUCAAGGCGAUCCAAGCUUUUUAUCUAGAGAGUCUAAGUUAUAAACAGUUGGUUCUUCUUGUAAAAGAAAAUGGAAAGGCAUUACACAUGGCGCCUUACCAGGAAUCCUCCCAAAUUCCUGAAAUAUGCUUUAAGUCUGUGUCUGGGUCUUGUAAUGUUGCUGGAUGUCGGAGGUUCCACUCAAAGAUCCACUUUCAUUGGCAAAUAACCGAAGAUUUUAAAACUUGGUUUAACUUCCCGGAGAAGCAAGUUCUUUUUCUGGAAGAACAUUUCUGUAAUCCUGAGAAUGAGUUUGUUACACUGGCAGCACUCGAUGACCCCUGCUGUAGCAGAGCCCUAGCCGUUCUAUUGAAAUACAAAUCUUGGGAAAUAGCCUUCAAAAACACGACCUGGGAAAAUAACUAUCCAGUAAUUCCUAUUCGCUGUGAAGGCGCAAUAUAUUACAUCCGGAGACUUUGCACCGAGAGAAGUCCGACAAAGAAACUCAGAGCAAACAGAUUCAUUUGGUAUUUCCAAGAUGACUCGCAGAAAUGGGUUUCGUUUGACACUUGUAACAAUAACAGACUUGAAGAAGCUUAUCAAAAGGAUCCAAAAGGAGUAGUGAAAGUAGAGACAAUGAGAUCAUUACACGAAGUGGAUUUCAGCAAAAUGCUGCAGGAAAAUGUAAUGGCCCAGAGCUUUACAGAGAUACGGCGCAGACCCCUGACAUUGGUAGAAAUCAUUCGAGAUGAUGGAAAAGGUCUAUGUAAAUUUUGAAUUAUUUUUGGGAAAUAAUAUGUUAUACAUGUAUGAAUUCUAUCACACUCUAUGUUUGUGUAUUAAGUUUUAUAUUUAUUUUAUAUAAAUUUAUGAAUAUUAAGCAAACAUGUCACCCCUCAGCUGACCCCUGACAUUACGUUAUAAAAUACUUGUUUAGUCAAUAUAGUAUUGAUAAACACUGUAAUAGUGCUUUUUCAAAUACCCCCCUCCCCCCAAAAAAGAAAAAAAAUCCGAGUUUGAGAUUAAAAGACCUGCCAAGGUGAAAUAUUUAAGACACACUUCACACUCAAACUAAGUCUUUAGCCUCAUAGCUUAUAAUUCCAUAUUUAGUUUAAGGAAACAUAACGAUGUUUACUCCCCUCAGGAGCCUUGGGUGCUUGACUGAUGAACCACUCCUGGACGCGACAGGAGGUGAUCUUUAUAAAUUCAAGCACACCCAUGAGUCCAAAUUCACCUAUUUUGAUAAUCGCAUGGACAGUAAAAAAGGAAUUGUGAUCGGUUUGGAGAUAAGCAUAGGAUAAAAGAAACAGAUUUGUGUCCCAUCUGAAGUGAGCCCGAGUUGAGAGCUCGCGAGCCUGAAGAGUGGGGUUGCUUUCCUCACUUCACCUUGUCUACCCAGGUUGAAGAGCGGUUUUCUACGCCCAAAGAUACGUCAUUAUUAUCAGACAUUCCUUGGAAAUAUAUGACGCGACCAUGUAUUUUAGUAUUUUCAUUUGAUAACUUUUGUUAACCAAGAAUUCAAAGAGAACAUCAAAAGAAAAACGCUGCUACCACAGACAGAAAGUAUAUAAAAAGCUUUAUGUAUCUUCAUUUGUGUUUUGUUUCUUUAACGUGUGAUCACGGUCUUUAGUAGCCAAAUGACAAAAGUGUUACAGUACUCUUCUAGGGGAAAGGCCAAUUUGUGAAGCUUUAUCUUUAGCGAUCUUUGAUGCACACACAUUCAUAUAUAUAGCAUAUUUGCUGGUUGUGUCUAUGCCACUCUGCAAGUAAUUUUGAAUUUAUUUGUGUACACGGAUUAUUAAAUUCUGACGAAACAGAUUUUUAUUUAUAUUCUAUAUUCACUUGAAUUUUAUAUUUGCAGUGUGGCAUUAUCUUUUGUUGUUAAUUCACUGUUAAUUUGGCAAAUUAAAUGUAUAAUUCAAAAUGUAAUUAAAAUUAAAUGAUCAUA